AUGUUGCGGCAGAAAUUUGAAGCAAACGAUUUGUUCAACAUUGUCUCUGUUGCUUGUAUCAGCCAACGAAGGAAUGUUCUUUUCACGGCAAAUCCCCUUCAGGCAUGGGCACUCGUUGAGGGAGCGAUUGUACCGAGAAUCUCUUUUCCGAAACCAACUCGAUGUAUGUGUCUCUCAACGGAUGAGCGAACGAUUGCCGUUGCAAGUGGAUCAGCUGUAUCGGUGAUCGAUGUGGAUACAGCCACCGAGAUCCGAACACUUGCCGGUCAUGUCGGAAAUAUCAACACCAUCGCGGCUUUCAACAAAAACGUCUAUUGUUGGGCAACCGGUGGUGAUGAUGGUCAAUGUAUUCUAUGGAAUGUGGCCGCUCAUCCGCCAAAUGUCAUGAGAAUUCGAACUCAAACAACAAUUACCGCUUUGGCUUUAUCACCCGAUGAUCGUUUUUGUGUUGUGGGAACGGAUAUGAGUCUUGAGAUAUACGAUCUACGACAAAGAGCUGCGAAAGUCAAGCAUGCUCCAGGAAUAUCGGUGCACGGUGUAUCAUUUCAUCCACGAGAAUUCCUUCUCUCAACAUUUGGCGGUGAUCGAGUUGUCCGUUUCUGGGAUCUCGAGACAUUUGAAUGUAUCGGAGUGAGUGAUGAGGUCGAUGAUGAGAUAAAGAAAGUCUCCUUUGCACCAAAUGGCGAUCUUUUGAUCGCUUGUACAGAUGAGAGUCUUCAUUUGGUCACUUGGGAACCCGUGACAGAAGUCGCCCGUUCUGAUCUACCACCAGAAGCAAAGGUUGUAUCUGUCCUGCCAACUCCAGAUUCAUUGGAAAUUCUGUGUGCGUUCGCAAAUCGAAGUAUUGGACUUUUCAAUACGACAUAUGAGGAAAUUCUCGCUUCGGAAACCAGCGAGUUGGCCGUUGAGGACAUCGAUCCAUUUGAUGAGAUUUUCGGUGAAGGGAAAUUGUCAUCAAUAUCUUCUCCACUUUCUGAUGGAUCCGAUGGGAUUGAGGGAGUGAUUACACCGAUUAGUGAAGGAUGUACACCUGAAGAAGAACAUCAGCCAAUUCCAAUCGGACUCAAAGAUGAAACGUUGGAAGCGGUUCAUCGAGCGGUUUCCACUUCACGAUUACAAGAUACACCACAGUCAACCAAGCCAAUGCCAUCAAAAAGGGCGGAAACUUUGGUGAAAAGAUCAGCCUCUCGAUCAACAUCAUCGUUGAUUUCGAUGGAAAUGGCAAAGUCAUCGACAAGUCAACGAGCCGAUACACCCGAUGAUCCCCAUCCAAUUGCGAAAACGGGAAAUCGAUCCGCUUCAAUCAAAAAAAGCUUGCCUCUGCCCGAUAUGAGACCAAGAAACGCAUCCACUGGAAAACUUACAGAGAAGAAAAUGAACACGAUUCCCCGAAAUGAUCGAAGUGUUUCUGUAUCGGAUCGAAAAACACAAUCAAUUCCACCAAAAGAGAUCACACGAACGAACAGUGUGAAGAGUAAAAAUAAUAACGGCAAAGAACCAGAGAGCUUAUCCGAUGUUUUCAAUGCGAUCACAGCCUCACAUAAUGAUUCGAUGAGAAAAUUGGAGGACAAUAAAAGGGAUAUCACUUCGUUAAUGGAUUUAAUUCGAAGAAGGGGAAUCAUACAAGCAUUUGAACUUUUGGAUGGGAAUAAACGUGAACUCGCCUUAUUGAUCAGUGCAUUGUCUUCUGAAGGCAAUCAAUGGACAAUUUCUUUGGCUUCAAAAGUUCUCCCAAGAUUGAGAUUACUGUCAUCUGGUGGAGCAUCACCGACUACUUCACAAUUUAAUCGAUCGAUUAUUGCAAUCGCUUUAUCACAGAUAGUGGCUCAAGUGGGUGAUCGGAUGAAGGAAUGUGCCCGAGCUCCUUCGUCUAGAAUUGGAGUUGAUGUAGCGGCCGAGGAAAGACAACAACAAGCACAAAAAUGUUUACAGGCCUUAAUGGAACUUCGAAUAAAUGGCUCCUUUCUCUCCGACAAACUUCCCCCUGAGGAAAAGAAAACUUUCGAAAAAACACUUAAUAGAAUCGACGAUUUAUGUAAAGAU